AUGGAAAGAAGUUAUGAACGCUUCGAAUUUUUGUUAUUUGGAAUGGUUAUUCGAAUUGCAAAGCGGUUUCGAGCUCAAGUGAAUUUGGGUGAACGUAUUAUGAUAUGGAUAUACGAUCUGGACUUAGACAACGUCGAACAGUGUUUUCACGCUGAGACCUUUCACUUUAUAGACAACUAUUUCUCAUUCUUCUGGCACAUAUUGACAUCCAAGGCGAACUACGGUAAGGGUUUCCGCUAUAGGAAAAUGAUUCAAGACACUGCUCACUCUAAUUACGCUGCUUCGUUUAGGAUAGAGGGCUGUAUGUCGCUGAUAGCUUUCACCCCACGCGCUGCUACAAGUCCAUGCCUGUAUUAUGUAUAGCU